AUGGCGUACAUUGCAAAAAAAGACGGCUGGCUUCUGAAGUUACUGGAAUAUGUCAGUCGCAAGGAGUCUGUGGAGCGAAGGAAUGACAUUCAGUCGACAGAGCUGCCAUCAUUGGCAAAAACACCACAAUCAGCACAUUCAACUUUUAGCAACGACAGCACUCGAGAAGCUGAAGAAAGGAUUGGGUUUCUGCGUAGUCAGCGCCUAAACACGGAGAGAGAUAAGGCCAGAGAUGAAACCGCAUCAAGAUCUUUUUUAUCUGAAAACAAUCUUUCUGGUACGCUUCCACAAUCUACAGAUGCAAAUGCGUUAGGGUUAAUGUUGUACGAGGAUGAUAUAAAGUUUGAUAUCAAGUUGAUUCAGCAAAUGAGAAUGAUGAUACCAAAAAAGCGGGUUGUAUGGCUUCUAAUUCGUCGCUUUUUUCGCGUACUAUACGCUUUUGCUCCUUACUUAGAUGAGCAUGACUUUCGUAAGGUCAUAUCUCGAAUCAUAGGAAAUGAGAGCUUCGACGAUAUUGAUGUUGAUUUCCAGCUUGAUGACAGACUUGAUGUCAUACAUAUCAGUGUCCUAUUGGUCAUGAUCCGGUUUAGUUAUGUUUCCCUCUUUUCAAAUAGGGUGAGUGCAAAUGAGGUGAUAAUGAAUUCUGAGGAUCCCAAAUUACAAGAACUCCGCUACCUUUUCAAAAAUCCUGUGAAUCUUAACUGCAUUGAAUUGAGUCACAGAUGCCUUCAUCAAAUGCUUUUCCUCAAGAUAACGAAUGUCCCUCUUUUGCAAUUAACUUUGUUUCUUCGGACAUAUAAUUACCUCGCUCCUGAAGAGGGUGAUGGAUGCAAUGGAUCAAGCUCGCAGCUAUUCAACAGUCUUCUGGUUCAAAUGGCAUAUAUCCUAGGCUUUAAUCGAGAUCCAUCGAGUUUCCCUGGUUCGAUCUGCCCCAGACAGUCACAAUUGAUUAGGAAAAUUUGGGCACAUUUGAAUGUGAGCGAUGUUUUCCAGGGGUAUCGCUUUGGUAAUCCAAUUUCGACAAACCCAGCUUUUGGUGACACGAAGCUCCCAACCGAUGAAAAAGAUAAUGAAAAUAUUUUUGAUAAGGAGUUGGAUCAUUCUGUUACUCGCGUUCUAAACUUCAGCGACGUGUUAUCUGGCGGCGCCAUGCGGAAACUUAUCGAUUUGACGUUGCAUGUAAAACAUCCCGUAUAUCUUCCUCAUUUCACUUCAUUGGUGAACCUGAUAGAAUCUGGGGCAGACAGUGUCUUCGGAAGAUUAAGGGAUUAUUUGGAGCCACUUGAGUUACAAAACGCGUCCUAUUCAUAUGGAAAGCUAGUCAAGUGUGCUCUUCUACUAUCAUUGAAUUCCUUUUUCAUUACUUGCCUGAGUCAUCUUCUUGCAUUCUACAGAGAUCAACAUAACGCAGCACUAUAUGCCUACUACUUCAAAAAGAUUCUAUACUUUGCAAUAAGCGAAAUUCUUCCUGUUGUGCCCGCAUUCGUGACGAAGUUAGAAGAUAUUUUUGGGGAAGGAGUCGCCGUAUGGAUGAACCCGUUGAUCAUCGAUGCUAUUUACCGGGUGAACGAAGUUGUAAUCACCUCCAUUGUUAAAAGCAACUACUACAUCUUAAAAGAAAAACGCUCGUCGGAUCAUGACUCUAAACUCGCUGAUCCUGACUAUUUCACGCAUUUCCAAAAGCUUUGUGAGUUCGUGACUCUUUUAGAGAAAUUUUCAAAAAUUUGUAUUGUGGCUGAAUCUAUCAUGAGCAAUAGGUACUACUUUGCGUGGAGAAUUUUUAAAAGUCACCAGAAGUUUUUGCAAGCGCUGAAUGAACCGGAGUUCUAUCGCCAAGCCGAGAGUGCUCCUGAGACGACCACCAGUUGCGGUCCCCAAAACCUUACUUCGACCCAGUUACAAGAAAUCAUAGACAUUUUUAAGGGCAGUAUGCACUUUUUGGAGAAACAAAUUGCAGAGAACCUGAAGGAAUUUUGUGUUGAGGAAUUUUUGACCAAAAGCUCACGCAUGGAUCUUCCUGGAGUUUUACGAAACGAGCAAGAGGUGACAACUACUUUAAGGACCGAUCUGGCGCCGGAAACCACACAUACUUCUACGGAUUUAAUGGAGCCAUCAAAACUAGUUGAAUCUUUAAGAGCGUCUCCUGGAAAUAUCUCCUCGGAUAUAUCCAACAUGUUAGAACUUGAUCUCUUCAUGUUGGACGACUUUGAUGCCUUUAAUAAUAAUGAAGUUGAUCUACUUUGGCUUCAAAUGUCGAAUCAGAAAAUGCAGAAGCAUAAAGAAAUCGACGAGUUCGCCUGGCAAAGCGUCGGAGAUGGCACAUACUGA